UUUAUCUUACCAUAUUUGUGUGGAUGUGUAUGUAUGCGAGUGUUGUUUGUCCCCGUUUGGUUCCGACCUGAUUCGGGUGUGUUGAAGGUGGGUAAGGGUAAGGGGUUUGAGGGUCGCCUACAUACUGUUGCACAAUUAUGCCUUGACUGUCACUGUCUGUUAUCAUUGUAUGUAUGCAAAUUGCUGUGAAAUUUAAAUAAAAAGAUUUAAAUCAUGAAAAAUAAACAAAUAAAUAAAUAAAUGGGUGCCAGGAUCUGGUAAAUGGGGGAUGAAAAAUAUGAAGUUGGUAUAUCCCUUUUUGCGUGUUUUCUUAUAAUAGAGCAAUCGUUUCUCUUUCUUUCUUUUCUAGGGUCUAUUUCUUAACUUUCUUGUCAAACUGUUUUUCUAAUGGGCUUUUUUUCCCAACGCUUUCUCGCACUAUCACAACUCUUUCUCACUUUCCUUACUUCCUUUAUUUCUAUCUUUCUUAAAGCUUAAAAAAUGAAGGGGUACAACAAAUGUAAUAAGAUAUAUAGAAACAUAGAAAUUAGGCGCAGGAGUAGGCCAUUCGGCCCUUCGAGCCUGCACCUGCCAUUCAAUAUGAUCAUGGCUGAUCAUCCAACUCAGUAUCCCGUACCUGCCUUCUCUCCAUACCCCCUGAUCCCCUUAGCCACAAGGGCCACAUCUAACUCCCUCUUAAAUAUAGCCAAUGAACUGGCCUCAACUACCCUCUGUGGCAGAGAGUUCCAGAGAUUCACCACUCUCUGUGUGAAAAAGUUCUUCUCAUCUCGGUUUUAAAGGAUUUCCCCCUUAUUCUUAAGCUGUGACCCCUUGUCCUGGACUUCCCCAACAUCGGGAACAAUCUUCCUGCAUCUAGCCUAUCCAACCCCUUAAGAAUUUUGUAAGUUUCUAUAAGAUCCCCUCUCAAUCUUCUAAAUUCUAGAGAGUAUAAACCAAGUCUAUCCAGUCUUUCUUCAUAAGACAGUCCUGCCAUCCCAGGAAUCAGUCUGGUGAACCGUCUCUGCACUCCCUCUAUGGCAAUAAUGUCCUUCCUCAGAUUUGGAGAUCAAAACUGUACGCAAUACUCCAGGUGUGGUCUCACCAAGACCCUGUACAACUGCAGUAGUACCUCCCUGCUCCUAUACUCAAAUCCUUUUGCAAGUGGUGUGUACUACUGUAACUUAUUGUACUUCUAAUAAAAAAAAUUAAAAAGGAUUGAUGCUUUCAACAUUAUUUGGACAGCGGUAUUACUACAACUACCAAGACUGAUUAAGGACACGAUUUCUCCAUAGCCCCAGAGGAGGGGAGGAGUUCGAUUGGUACUGUACACGCGUAUUUGGAACUAUAUGUACAGACAUUAUUGUGCCUGUGUAUAAGUGCAUACAUAGGGGGGCGAUCAAUGACAAAAUAACUUCUUAAAGCGGCACACAAGUGCCUGGUUUAACAGUGUCUGAUUAUAUAUUAAGUAGGAUUAAACAUGAUGAGUUUGCUUGGGUGCCUGUGAAUGUGAUGCUUCUGCGACAGAACACUAGGAUGAUCUGAUGUGAUGUUGACAGCUGCUGUGUGAUUUGUAUAUCUUGUGUGUACGUGUACUUUGUUUUGUUAAUAAAUGUUGAGUGUAAAAAAGUGUAAAUCAAUAAAGGGAAGGAGAGCGCAUUUUCAGACCAACUUCCUUAAAAGUAUCAGGUUCUGACCAUUUACCCGAGAAGAUUGUAACCUUUGCAUUGAUGAACAAAAUAAUAUUUUUUGACUAUAUUGCAGGGAGUAUGAUUUUAAAAUAAUUUAUAUUAUUUGCUCAGGCGACUUUAAAAAACUAGAUGCUGGACGAGCAGGCCCAAAGGUUGUAUUCAUUUCAUUUUCACUUUCACUUCUGCGGGGGAAUCGAUUGGAGCCUCUUAUUUGGCAAACGCAAACUCAUCAGAAAUUUGUAUUUGGUUCUAAAGGACAUCAUUAUUUUCGUAAUGCAUGACGGUUCAUUUACAUAUAGCAACUGAUUGACCACAUUGAUUUUUGAUGAGUGAAAAGGAAAACUGCAAAAUCUGUUAAAAAUCAUCACAAGUGACGGUACCACAGAAACCAGCAUCCAGAUGGCCACCGCCAAAUACCUAAAACUAAUAGGAUUCAUCACGGCUAUUGGCCUUUUAGUUGUCGAGGCCUCGAAAUAUGACCAGAAUAACGAGGAGGAGCCAGAUUUUCCAACCACAUCUGACGGGCAGCGAUUUCCCUGGAACAAAAUAAGAUUGCCUGAUACCAUUGCGCCAGUGCAUUAUGAACUCCUUAUACAACCAAAUCUGACCAUGCUGAACUUUUCUGCAUCUGUGAGGAUUGAGGUUUCCAUUGGAAUGGACACCAAUUCCAUCAUCUUGCACAGCAAAAAGCUGGAAAUCAUCAGGACAACUAUUGCACUGUUGAAAGGGAAUGGAUCAAUUGGACCAGAAAGCAACCUACAUCUAUUGGAAUAUCCAAUUCAUGAGCAAAUUGCCCUACUGUCUGAUGGACUCUUGUACUCUGGAAAUACGUACAUGAUUAACAUUGACUACAUUGGCAAUCUAUCGGAUGGCUACCAUGGUUUUUACAAGGGCAGUUAUAAAACACAGAAUGGUGAAUUAAGAGUUUUGGCUUCUACGCAGUUUGAGCCCACUGCAGCACGCAUGGCAUUUCCAUGCUUUGAUGAACCCGCCUUCAAAGCCAAAUUUACAAUCAAAAUACAAAGGGAAUCAAGACACAUUGCUCUCUCCAACAUGCCCAUCAUAAACUCUAUUAAUUUAGCUGAUGGACUCAUUGAGGAUCAGUUUGAUGUGAGUGUAAAGAUGAGUACAUACCUUGUGGCCUUCAUUGUGGCAGAUUUCAAAUGCUUUACGAAAGAGACCAAGAGUGGAAUUAAGAUCUCUGUGUAUUCUGUUCCAGACAAGAUCAACCAGACUACUUUUGCACUCGAUGCAGCUGUGAAGCUCUUGGAGUUUUAUGAAGAUUAUUUUACUAUCCCAUACCCACUGCCAAAACAAGAUUUGGCAGCAAUCCCUGAUUUUCAGUCUGGGGCUAUGGAGAAUUGGGGCCUAACAACCUACAGAGAAACAGCUCUGCUAUACAACACCAAAACCUCUUCAGCUUCUGAUAAACUCAGGAUUACCAUGAUCAUAGCACACGAGUUGGCUCACCAGUGGUUUGGCAACUUGGUGACCAUGGAGUGGUGGAAUGACCUAUGGCUGAACGAGGGAUUUGCUAAAUUUAUGGAAUAUGUUUCUGUGAACAUCACAUUCCCUGAGCUGCAAGUUAAUGAGUUCUUCUUGGACAAAUUUUUCAGUGCAAUGGAAGUGGAUGCUUUCAGUUCUUCGCAUCCAGUGUCAAGCCCAGUGGAAAAUCCUGCACAGAUCCAGGAAAUGUUUGAUGGGGUCUCAUAUGAAAAGGGAGCUUGCAUUCUGAACAUGCUGAUGGACUACCUGACGGAAGAAGUUUUCAAAGCCGGCACGAUCAGCUACCUUCGACGCUACAGCUAUGCAAAUGCAAAGAAUGAGGAUUUGUGGAAUAGUCUGACUAAUAUUUGUCAUUCUGAUGAUGCACAUGGAAGCAGGCUAAAUGUGCCACAAUUUUGCAAAAGAUAUUCAGCCCCGUCUCCUGGUUCACAUUGGUUCAUGGAAGAUAUCCUUGACGUAAAAACAAUGAUGAAUACUUGGACGCUACAGAAGGGGUUCCCUUUGGUAACUGUUAGCAUGAAAGGAAGACAAGUCCUUUUACAGCAAGAGUACUUUCAGAAAGGCACUAAUAUCCAAGAUCCAAAUUCAGAAACUGCAAGUUAUUUGUGGCACAUCCCACUAACUUACAUCACAAGCAACUCUAACAUCAUCCAGAGACAUCUGAUGAAGACUAAAAAAGAUUUUAUCAUGCUCUCAGAGGAAGUGAGCUGGAUAAAGUUCAAUGUGGACAUGAAUGGCUAUUACAUUGUGCAUUAUGAAAAUGACGGAUGGGAUGCAUUAAUCAAACUACUGAGGGAAAACCACACAUUCCUCAGUAGUAACGACCGAGCAAACCUUAUCAACAAUGUCUUUCAGCUUGUGAGUAUAGGGAAGCUCCCACUUGACAAAGCCCUUGCCUUGACAUUGUAUCUGAGGAAUGAAAUCAGCACCAUGCCAGUCUUCCAAGGCAUGAAUGAGCUCAUACCCAUCUAUAAGCUUAUGGAGAAGAGGGAAAUGGUGGAGGUUGAAACUAAAAUGAAGGCAUACAUAGUUGAUUUAUUUAAGAACCUGAUUGAUCAGCAAUCAUGGAACGAUGAUGGUUCCAUUUCGGAACGGUUGCUACGUAGCUCACUACUGCUAUUUGCCUGUGUUCGCAAGUACCAGCCCUGUGUUGUCAAAGCAGAGGAAUAUUUCCGGAAAUGGAAGGAUUCCAAUGGCACUUUGAGUUUACCCACCGAUGUUGCAACAGCAAUCUAUGCAGUUGGAGCCCAGACACAAGAAGGAUGGGAUUUCCUGUUUGAGAAAUAUAGAUAUUCUCUCUUCAGUUCAGAGAAGAGCAAAAUUAAGACUGCCUUAACAAUCAGCAACAAUACAGAAAACCUUCAGUGGUUAUUGGAUCAAAGUUUGGAAGGUGAUAUUCUCAAAACACAAGACCUGCCAUACAUCAUUAUUUUGGUGAGCAGAAACCCAAAAGGACAUAAUAUUGCUUGGGACUUUUUAAAGAAAAAUUGGGACAAACUGGUUGAAAAGUUUGAACUCGGUUCACAAUCAAUUGCUUAUACAGUGACUGGUAUUCUAUCCCACUAUUCAACAAGGCCCAAGCUCGAAGAGGUCCAAAGGUUUUUUGAAUCUUUGAAGGACAAUGGUUCUCAGCUCCGGUGUGUUCAACAGGCAACGGAAACAAUUGAGGAGAAUAUCAAAUGGAUGGACAAGAACUUUGAUAAGAUCAGUACAUGGUUGGGGAGCUUAACAUCUGACGAGUAAUUCAAUGGCAAUAUCAAUUAACUAGGUGUUGAAUAUGGUGCAAAACUCCUUUUGAUGACACUUGCAAUAAAAUUGACUGUGCAUAGAAGGCCCACAAACAACAUUGGCCAUGCACUCUGAAGCAGGCCUUGUUUAGAGGCUUGGGGCCUAUUUCAGUGUAAUUUAGAGGGCACCAACAUUAUCUGGUCCCGUGCUGAGGAAUUUUUUUUUUUAGUAAAUGCUCCCACCCCAAGCUCGCUGCCUUUGGUCUCAGGUUCCACUGAUCCUUUACUGCUCCCCAUUCUACUCGCACCCGUGCUAUUAUUUCAUUAACAGUCAUCAACAUCCUUUAUUUAAAUAUUCCCUUGCUCAAACCUAAAAUCCUUCCUGUUCUCCCUGAUCAUUUCUUCCAGGAUCCCCCUUCCUCUGUUGCAACCUUUUACCUCCAAUCCUCUCUCAAACUCACUUCUAAGAGCUCCAAUAUCGACAGGGGCUAGAUAUGAUAAUGUGCCUGAUUCAUUCUGCAACUGUUGUUCUAUUUUGUGUACAUCUUGUGCCUCACAAGCAAAAGAAUAUUGAUGGCAGAUGCUUCACACAGAACUGCUGCAGUGCCACUUUAACCAGCUCUCUCGACAUUAUACUAUUUCUAGACCAUUGAUUCUGUCUGGACGUUUUCCUGGAAAUUCGUGUCGUGUUUUGCAAUGCUUUUAGGUGCAACAGAACAUUUAUUUUUUAUCUGAAAAACAAUUGUAAACUACGUACAGCAGGGAAACAGGUCCUUCAGCCUAUGCUGACCAAGAUGCUUUGUUUAAGAUAUCAUUAAUUUGCCCGCGUUAUCCCAAACCCCUCUAAACCUUUACUCGAUGUACCUGCCUGAGUGUCUUCUAAAUGCAGUUAUAGUAUCUGCCUCAACUACUUCUUCUGGCCGUUUGUUCCUUCUACCCAACACUCCUCUGAGAGAAAAGGUUGCCCCACGGGUUCGUACUAAAUCUUUGACCUCCCACAUUAAACAUCAUUUAAAAAAAAAAUUUUUUAAUAGGUGCAGGAGUAUAGGUCCAAGGCCUUUAGUCAUUUGCUUUAAUUGGUCCAUUCGGCCCUUCGAGCCUGCACCGCCAUUCAAUAUGAUCAUGGCUGACCAUCCAACUCAGUAUCCUGUACCUGCUUUCUCUCCAUACCCUCUGAUACCUUUAGCCACAAGGGCCACAUCUAACUCCCUCUUAAAUAUAGCCAAUGAACUGGCCUCAACUACCUUCUGUGGCAGAGAAUUCCACAGAUUCAUCACUCACUGGGUGAAAAAUGUUUUUCUCAUCUCGGUCCUAAAAGAUUUCCCCCUUAUCCUUAAACUGUGACCCCUUGUUCUGGACUUCCCCAACAUAGGGAACAAUCUUCCUGCAUCUAACCUGUCCAACCCCUUAAGAAUUUUGUAAGUUUCUAUAAGAUCCCCCCUCAAUCUUCUAAAUUCUAGCGAUGUCUCCUUGUAUUUGAUUCCCCUACCCUAGGUAAAAGAUUCUGUGCAUUCACCCGACCUAUUCCCUUCAUGAUUUUAUACAGAACUAUAAGAUCUCCCUCAGCCUUGUGUGAGCAUGGUACAUUUUGAUAAUUUGUAGCACAGUGCUAUGUGCUUAAUGUUCAGAUGCCUUCUUGGGUACACCAUUGCUAUAAAAUUAAUAUAAAAUGGGGUCAAUAUGCCCUUGCAUAGAGAUGUGUUACUAGCAGUGCAGCUGUGCUGGGAUCAUGGCCAAAAAUGAGCAUUGAGUUGCCCCAUAG